AUGACGAUAUUCGCCGAAUACAACGUGGACGUUGACCUGCGGAUGCUGCGCUCGUUCAGAGUGCUCCGCCCGCUCAAGCUCGUCUCGCGGAUACCAAGUAAUUCACAUAUCAUCACGCAGCUGCCGGUGGCGCCCGACGUCGACUUCAGGACCUUGCGUGCCAUUAGGGUGCUGAGGCCCCUUAAAUUAGUAUCGGGCGUUCCUAGUCUGCAAGUCGUUUUGAAGUCCAUCAUCAAAGCGAUGGCACCGUUGCUGCAGAUUGGCCUCUUGGUGCUUUUCGCGAUCGUCAUCUUCGCCAUCAUUGGCCUCGAGUUCUACUCGGGGGCGUUACAUAAGACUUGUUAUACUUUAGAAGAUAUAAAUGAAAUAUUAAAUGACGGCGAGAGCGCAACGCCAUGUAACGCUGACAACGUGUCGCUAGCGCCGUACGGGGCCAACGUGUGCGAUUAUGAGAAGAGCACAUGCCUCGAGAAAUGGGAGGGGCCGAAUAAGGGCAUUACGUCCUUCGAUAACAUCGGCUUCGCCAUGCUCACCGUCUUCCAGUGUAUCACCAUGGAGGGCUGGACUUCCAUCCUCUAUUGGACGAACGACGCGUUAGGUAGUGCGUUCAACUGGGUUUACUUUGUGCCUCUCAUAGUAUUGGGUUCAUUCUUUAUGCUCAACUUAGUUCUCGGUGUCCUUAGCGGAGAAUUCUCUAAUGAGAGAGGACGCGUUGAACGAAGAGAACAGUUCCAAAAGGAACGAGCUAGACAGAUGUUCAAUCAUGACUUCACUGCCUAUCUCGACUGGAUAACCGAAGCAGGUGUGCGACAAAAGUCGUGUGAAGCCAGAGCUGAAUUCGCUAAAGAAAGAGAGAAAGUAGAAAAUAGACAAGAAUUUCUUAAAUUAAGAAGACAACAACAACUAGAAAGGGAGCUCAACGGUUACGUUGAGUGGAUUUGUAAAGCCGAGGAAGUAAUAUUAGCUGAAGAAAGAACUACAGAAGAAGAAAAAAUGCACAUAAUAGAAGCUCGAAGAAGAGCGGCAGCGAAGAAAAAGUUAAAAAACCUAGGGAAAAGUAAAAGUACUGACACUGAGGAAGAAGAGCAAGACGAAGAUUGCGGAGAUGACGGUUUUCUGAAAAGCAAGUCGCGUUCUGCCGGCAAGUGCGCGGAUUUCUGGCGCGCUGAAAAACGGUUUCGGUUUUGGAUCCGACACACGGUGAAGACGCAGUGGUUCUAUUGGUUCGUCAUCGUUUUGGUGUUCUUCAACACAAUAUGUGUCGCCGUCGAGCAUUAUAGACAACCUAAGUGGCUUACCUCAUUUUUAUACUGUGCCGAAUUUGUGUUCCUUGGUCUCUUUAUGAUGGAGAUGUGGGUGAAGAUGUAUGCACUGGGUCCGCGAAUUUAUUUCGAAUCUUCAUUCAAUCGAUUUGACUGCGUGGUUAUCUCGGGGUCCAUCUUCGAGGUAGUAUGGUCAGAAGUAAAGGGUGGCUCUUUCGGCCUCUCUGUCCUUAGAGCGUUAAGACUGCUAAGAAUAUUCAAGGUCACUAAGUACUGGUCUUCACUUAGGAAUCUGGUGAUAUCUCUUCUGAACUCUAUGAGAUCCAUCAUUUCACUAUUGUUCCUUCUAUUCUUGUUCAUCCUUAUAUUCGCGCUGCUCGGCAUGCAGCUCUUUGGAGGUCAAUUUAACUUCGAAGAGGGCACACCGCCCACCAACUUUAACACCUUUCCCAUUGCGCUACUUACUGUCUUCCAGAUCCUAACAGGUGAAGAUUGGAACGAAGUGAUGUAUCACGGCAUCCAGUCUCAGGGAGGCAUUCAGAGGGGGAUGAUCUACUCUUUGUACUUCGUUAUCUUAGUGUUAUUUGGCAACUACACUCUGCUAAACGUGUUCCUUGCUAUCGCAGUGGACAAUUUGGCGAACGCCCAGGAGUUAACAGCGGCUGAGGAGGAACAAGUUGAAGAAGACAAGGAGAAACAGCUCCAAGAAUUGGAGAAAGAGAUGGGUGCGUUACAUGCGGUGGAUGGCACUCCACCUGGAGUAGACUUAAGUCCCUCGUCCCCAGCCAGUAGGAAGAACAAAAAGAAAGAAGAGGCCAAAAAAGAAGACGAUGAGGAGAUACCAGAUGGACCAAAACCAAUGCUGCCAUAUUCGUCCAUGUUCAUUUUAUCACCUACUAAUCCAAUAAGGAGAGGCGCACACUGGGUUGUAAAUUUAAGAUAUUUUGAUUUUUUUAUUAUGAUAGUCAUAUGUCUGAGUUCUGCGGCUUUAGCAGCUGAAGAUCCAGUUUAUGAAGAUAGUGAAAGGAAUACAGUAUUGAAUUGGUUCGAUUACGCGUUUACGGGCGUAUUCACCGUGGAAAUGCUCCUGAAGAUUGUCGAUCUGGGCAUAUUGUUCCACCCAGGCGCGUACUUGCGCGACUUGUGGAACAUAAUGGACGCCACGGUCGUCAUCUGUGCCCUAGUCAGCUUCGGUUUCGAGAUCGGAGGUUUUCAAGGGGCGGGGCAGAAUCUGUCCACUAUAAAAUCAUUAAGAGUGUUAAGAGUGCUUAGACCAUUAAAAACUAUAAAACGUGUACCAAAGUUAAAAGCAGUGUUUGACUGUGUUGUGAACUCUUUAAAGAAUGUCAUCAAUAUUCUCAUUGUAGGGUCGUAUUUCGAGUACGAACCAAACAGCCUACUGCCCCGGAUAUGCCCGCGACAGUGGAUGACGCAGAACUUCCACUAUGACAACGUGGCUUCGGCGAUGCUCACGCUGUUCGCGGUGCAGACGGGCGAGGGAUGGCCCCAAGUAUUACAAAACUCGAUGGCCGCUACGUACGAAGAUAGGGGACCUAUACAAAAUUUUCGAAUAGAAAUGUCCAUAUUUUAUAUCGUUUACUUCGUAGUGUUUCCAUUCUUCUUCGUCAACAUAUUCGUAGCUCUGAUAAUUAUUACAUUUCAAGAGCAAGGUGAAGCUGAAUUGCAAGAUGGUGAAAUUGAUAAGAAUCAGAAAUCAUGUAUAGACUUCACGAUAGAAGCGCGACCUCUCGAGAGGUAUAUGCCAAGCAAAAGGGCGAGUUUUAAGUACAAAGUGUGGAGAAUAGUAGUCUCUACGCCCUUCGAGUAUUUCAUCAUGACCCUCAUCGUGCUAAAUACAUUGUUGCUCAUGAUGAAGUACUAUAAUCAAAAUGACGUCUACGCGGAUGUCCUCAAGUAUUCGAAUAUGGGGUUUACUGGAAUGUUUUCUGUGGAAACAGUGUUGAAAAUCAUCGCUUACGGUGUCAAAUUUCACGAGGGUCCAACUCAACUUAUGGACACGUUAACAUUCAUGAACCUCGUCUUUACGUUCUUCUUCCUACUCGAGACCAUAUUGAAGCUGAUUGCCUUCGGAUGUACGAAUUUUUUCAAAGAUCCGUGGAAUACAUUUGAUUUCAUAACGGUCAUUGGAAGUAUUAUUGACGCUCUGAUCAUGGAAUUUGGCACCGACCUCGCCGAAAACUGUGCUGACAUAUCCUGUCAGCAGACUCAUUUAAGUGUUGUAGAUAACAUAGGUAAUUAUUUUUAUCUUGCUACAAAAAUAUCAAAAGCUUUAGGAGAACACGUUCAACGUUGGUUUCCUCCGCCUGUUCCGGGCCGCGCGACUGAUCAAGCUGCUCAGACAGGGUUACACCAUUCGGAUACUCCUCUGGACCUUCGUGCAGAGUUUCAAAGCCUUACCCUAUGUGUGCCUUCUCAUCGCGAUGUUAUUUUUCAUCUAUGCCAUCAUCGGGAUGCAGGCUUCCAACAGCAGACUUGGAGGCUGAAAGACGUCAUGGACACUGACACGUUUCUAAUGGCAGGUUUUCGGAAACAUCCAAUACGAUCCAGACAGUGCCAUCAACAGGCACAACAACUUCCGAUCUUUCGUGGGGGCACUCUUGCUUCUAUUUCGGUGUUUGGCAAUAUAGAGUUAUCACCCGAGUCAGAUUUGAACAGACACAACAAUUUUCAAAGCUUCAUUCAAGCACUCAUGCUGCUGUUCAGAUGCGCGACUGGAGAGUCAUGGCCAAACAUUAUGUUGGCGUGUCUCAAGCCGGCGAAGUGCGCCAAGACCCCGGAGCAACCCGGCAAGUCAACCAACGAGAUCUGUGGCAGCACCCUCGCCUACGCAUAUUUUGUAUCAUUCAUAUUCUUCUGUUCUUUUCUUAUGUUGAACUUGUUCGUUGCCGUCAUUAUGGAUAACUUCGACUAUCUUACAAGAGAUUCGUCCAUUCUUGGCGCACAUCAUCUUGAUGAAUUUGUUAGAAUAUGGGCCGAAUACGAUCCAAACGCUACUGGAAAGAUCCAUUAUACUGAGAUGUAUGAUAUGUUGAAAAAUAUGGAUCCACCAUUGGGGUUUGGUAACAAGUGUCCAAAUAGACUAGCCUAUAAGAAGCUAAUUAGAAUGAAUAUGCCGCUAGAUGAAGAGGGAAAAGUUAAUUUUACAACAACACUAUUUGCCUUAAUUCGGGAAAACCUGAACAUCAAGAUGAGAUCAGCCGAAGAAAUGGACCAAGCAGAUGAAGAACUAAGAGAAACAAUAACUCACAUAUGGCCACUCCAAGCGAAGAAAAUGUUAGAUUUGUUGGUGCCUCGAAACGAUGUACUUAAUGCAGGGAAACUGACCGUGGGAAAGAUCUAUGCGGGACUUCUGAUAUUAGAAAGUUGGAGAUCCACUAGGUUUGGCCAAACAGAACCACAAGGUGUUCCGAAGGCGUCAUUCUUUAACUGCCUCCUGGAUGUGGCGGCUGGGCUGGGCCCUGGAGGCUCACGUGCGGGCUCUCUCAGCCACGAGGGUCCCGCUGUAGCAGCUACAGAGGCCCACGCAGAUGACCCACAUACACUAGCCAACCUCGCAAGACGCAAUACAAGAAAAUCACUCAAGAACAAUAAAAAGGUAUUGGAACUUCAAGGAUCACAGCACGCAUCCAUGGAGUCUCUGGAUGAAGGGCAUUUACAAGCACCUCACGCAUACCAGAAUGGUCAUGGAAGAUCUUCUAGUUUAAGACGAACACCAAGUCCAAGAAGACGAGGUUACUACGGAGGCUACCAUCAUGAUAUCGGUUUUUCCGACACCGUCAACAACGUCGUCGAGAUAGUUAAACAUGAACAUCAAAGGCACGGGCGAACACAUCGGCCUCCACACCACUACCAUCCACAUGCGUGGUGGAAGGUACAUGAAGGUAUUCCUGACAGCAGGGAAGGAGUGGAGGGCGCCGCACCCCACGACCAGCCUGAGCCAGCCCUCGCGGUCGCCCAGCCCGCCACACCACCACACCUACGAGCAGUUUGGGCACCAAUAGGUGGUGAUAGGGAACGAGACAGGGAACGGGAACGCGAGUGGCGGGAAUGGCGUGAGCGCUCGUGGGAACGUGAAGGCGCACGCCGCGGCCGGGGUAGGCAGCUACCCCCAACGCCCACUAAACCGUCCACGUUACAAGUCAAAUCGCAACCGUCGUUCACUAGAAUCAGCCACAGUCCCUCACAUUUAUCACUGAGGCAUACGGUGAGAGAACCCGUAGAGCCACUGCACGAUGAAUAUGAAUAUGGUCGAGAAGUUGAAAGACUGAUACACCGAGAUUAUAGAUCUAGAGAGAGCGCCACUGAGCUACGAGGCUGCGUUAGCGCUGGGGCGCGGGGGCGGAGCGCGCGCGCUGCCGUCUCCCGCGGGUGCGGGGCCCGGGCCCCCGGGAGGCACGCGGCUGCCCAACGGGUACAAGCCGCGCGCGCGCCACUCGGACUCGGACGAGGACGACUGGUGCUAGCGGCGCCGCCGCGCGCGCUCCCAGCGGGACGUGCGCGCGCCCCGAGCCGGCCCCCGCGCGCCCGCGCAUACGUUCUGACGCCCGCCCCGCCGCCGCCUCGCACGCACUUUUUAUACUCGCCGAAGUGUGUACAUAGACGACUCUCGUUGCUCACCAGUUUGGACGUCCCUCCCGGAGUGGGACUCCCGCCCCGUCACCGCGACGGGCCUCCGCGAGCUAUAUCCAAAUUCUAGUGUUUACAAAGUUUUGGAAAAUUUAAUUUUUAAUUCGCUAAAAUUUUACUCCUUGAUUUAUAUUACGGUUAAGGUGAUCGGAGCGCGGAACGGGGCGACGACCCGUUCAUCAUAGGAUUUUUACAUUUGUGAGACCGCUAGUACGUAUGGUAAAGUUACGAUACAACUCCGAUGUGAGGCCGCCCCGCGGGGCGCACACGGGCCCUUCCGCUCCGCGCUCUAGUUAGACGUUGGAGGAAUACUAGCGAUUCAUCGUCGAACAAAUUAAUACUAGUAUUGUAUAAAAUAAUAACAUAGCGAAUAAUUUUUACUUAGUUAAUAUACUAAAUAAAUAAUUAAACAUUUUUAUUGAAUUUGCUGUCCUUCCCCCAAGUGCUUUAUACCUACGUUAUUUAAAUACGAUUAUAACUAAAUAAAUUUAUUAUGAAUUGUAUGUACCUUUGAAAAUAUAUCUCAGAAUUAAAUGAUAACAUACAUUGUUACAUCGUGUACUGAUAUUAUUUUAAGAGAUUUUGCUGCCUGGUUUAAUGAGUGUGUUUUAUAUGCUACAUGGUGUAAUUGAAAAUCCAUUGAACAGCCAAAAUGCAAAUGUAUAUUAAAAGAAAACAAGAUUAGAGAAACUAGUAAAAAUUUAUAAUGUUCAAUAAUAAAUAAUACUAAUGCAAUAAAUAUUCUUACAUCGACUAUUGCUGUUCUAAGGUAUUUUGCCCAUCGACAUGUCAUAUUAGUAUGUAUACCUAAGUAUGAUUAUGUAAAUAUACCUAUUCGUUUUAAAUAACAUAGUCUCACCAUAGAAGUUCCGCUAUAAUUUAGGUGCAUUUACUCGUAUUGAGUGCAAUAAAAUAUUUCCUAAGCGUUACGUCGAUGGGCCUAUCCGUUGUCGUGGGUUUCCAAAUAUUUGUAAGCAUUGAUUGAACUUUGAAAUGCUUAUUGAUAAUUUUUUAUAGCAAUAUUGAAAUUUAGAUGGAACAUACCUACCCGAUGUUAUAAUUUAUUUCUUCAUUAAUUUGGGACACAAUCAGAUUAAAUUUCAUACCAAUAUUGCACAAAAAUAUCGAACACAUGACCAUUAUACUACCAAAUAACAUAAGAUCACCUUCACCAUUUCUUGCGAAACGUUUUCACGGGUAAAGUUCCAUCCCAAUACGACCAUUAAAAAACCGCGAUAACGGUAUUUAAACAAUAAUGAGUAAAAGCCAGGCACAAAAUCAUAAAAAACAGCACGUCAGGUUACACAAAACUGACAAAACUCCAUUUGAUUUUAUACCGUAAUACGUUGCCAGUAGAGUUCAAAAUUUUGUGGUAACCUGAUAUUGCUGUUGAUAUGUAGCAACCAUAUUGUGUAACAUGUCAUAUUGCAUAGAGGCCGAGUGCAAAUAAAAAUCGCCGCCGUUUUGUUAUGCGACUACUUUACGUUGAACAACGUUGAGCAGUAUUUUGGUGGCGACACAUUUAACAAAGCGUCGU